CGGGUGGUCUGUCCGGUCUGGGCUGGGAGACGUGAUGGACCUCUCGGAUGCAGCGUGCCCCACGGGGAAGCAGCUCUUGCCUGUCUGCGCCCGCGCCUGCCCCGCCCCCAGCUUCCCAUCUCCGUGGUCCCACCGCCGCUCGGGUCGCUGGGGUCAGAAGCCUGCGAGUUUUCCUCGGCGCCCUCUGCCUCCCGUCCAUCAGUCCGUCCUGCUGGCUCUUCCAGGACCUGACCGCUUCUCCCUCCUCCACCAGUCCUCCCACAGGUACAUUACCUGUGCUGAAUACACUCACUUCUAUGGUGGUAAGAAACCAGAUAUCCCACAAACAAAUUUUCGUCGUCUACCUUUUGACCACUGCAGCCUCUCUCUGCAGCCCUUCGUCUACCCGGUCUGCACCCCCGAAGGCGUCGUCUUUGACUUGCUGAGCAUCGUUCCUUGGCUCAAGAAGUACGGGACCAACCCCAGCAAUGGAGAGAAGCUGGACGGGAGGUCCCUGAUCAAGCUGAACUUUGCAAAGAACAGCGAAGGGAAGUACCACUGCCCCGUACUCUUCUCCGUGUUCACCAACAGCAGCCACAUCGUGGCCAUCAAGACCACCGGCAAUGUCUACGCCCACGAGGCAGUGGAGCAGCUGAACAUCAAGGCCAAGAACUUCCGAGACCUGCUGACCGACGCGCCCUUCUCCCGGCAGGACAUCAUCACCCUCCAGGACCCCACCAAUUUGGACAAGUUCAACGUCUCUAAUUUCUUCCAUGUUAAGAAUAACAUGAAAAUAAUUGACCCAGAUGAAGAAAAGGCCAAGCAGGACCCGUCUUAUUAUUUGAGAAACACGAACACAGAGACCCGAGAGACCCUGCAGGAGCUCUACAAGGAGUUCAAAGGGGACGAGGUGCUGGCGGCCACCAUGAAGGUCCCCGCGAAGACGAAGGUGGACAAGCUGAACGCUGCCCACUACUCCACCGGGAGGGUCAGCGCCUCCUUCACCUCCACGGCCAUGGUUCCCCAGACCACGCACGAAGCAGCCGCCAUCGACGAGGACGUGCUGCGCUACCAGUUGGUGAAGAAGAAGGGCUACGUGCGGCUGCACACCCGCCUGGGCGACCUCAACCUGGAGCUGCACUGCGACCUGACGCCGAAAACCUGCGAGAACUUCAUCAAACUCUGCAAGAGGCAGUACUACGACGGCACCAUCUUUCACAGGUCCAUUCGCAACUUCGUGAUCCAGGGCGGCGACCCCACGGGCACGGGCACAGGUGGGGAGUCGCACUGGGGAAAGCCCUUCCGAGACGAGUUCCGGCCCAACCUCUCGCACACGGGCCGCGGCAUCCUCAGCAUGGCCAACUCGGGGCCCAACACCAACAAGUCCCAGUUCUUCAUCACCUUCCGCUCCUGCGCUUACCUGGACAAGAAGCACACCAUCUUCGGGCGGGUUGUAGGGGGCUUUGACACUCUGACGGCCAUGGAGAAUGUGGAGAGUGACCCCAAAACUGACCGCCCUAAGGAGGAGAUUCGCAUCGACUCCACCACGGUGUUUGUGGACCCCUACGAGGAGGCAGACGCCAAGAUUGCUGAGGAGCGGAAGAAGACGCAGCUUGAGGCGGCGGCCCCGCAGAGCCCAGCCACGCCCAGCCAGCCCCUGCAGGGGAGCCAGGACCCCCAGGCCCGCCGCCAGGGAGUGGGCAAGUACAUCAGCCCGGCGCUCACGAAGCGGGUAGCAGAGGAGGAGCCCUCCACCAGCGCAGCCGUCCCCACGGCCAAAAAGAGGCCCAGCCAAGGCUUUGGGGACUUUAGCUCGUGGUAGCCGCAGGCGUGCCGCGCCGGAGCCUGGUAGGGACGCGGCGCCGUGUCCCUGAGCCGUCUGCCCUCUGAGCGGUGACUCAGUAAAGCUCUGGCCCGUUGCCUGGUCCUCUUUCCUGGGCCUGGGCACCCGCAGGCCGCCUCUCCCCUCCCUGGGUGGGGUGGCCCGGCGCCGUCUCCAUGUGUCAGGCCUCUAGGGUGGGGGGACAGGAUUGUGCCUUCUGCCCCGUGCCCCCCCCCCCCCCCCCAAUCCUGUCCUCAGGGACCGCCUGUCCGCCUGCUGGGACCCUCCAGCCAGCGGUCUCCGGGGCCUUGUUAGCAACAUCCUCAGACCCUCACACCUCCUGACGCUGAGGGCAGGGCUCCCAAGCACCAGGACUAGAGCCUUGAUGGGCCUCCAGGGUCCACCCCGCCUCCCAGCUCCUCUCCAGCCUCGGGGCAGGCCGUGCACUCAGGCCCUGCUUGGGGGCGGGUCCUCUCCCUGCGGAGGAGCCUCGAACUCUGUCCUCCCUGCGCCCUUCAUCGCAGCCCUCCCGACUGUGACCCAGCUCCCUCGGCUUCCAGAAGCUCCCGUGGAAGCUCGGGCACAGCUGCCUCCUCCCAGGACCCCGGCUGCGAGGCUGACAGGGCCACCGCCACCCCCACCCGUGCUCAGCGCCCGUGUCCUCCGGGCUGCGUCCCCGCUCUUCUCCUUUCCCACCUCCCCCGAGACCUCCCGUCAGCGAGUCACCACUACCAUCAGUUCCAGAAGGUACUGUGGCUCCUCCCGUCCCUGCUGCUGCGCCCCAGGCCGUCUCACCGGUCUCCUCCGAGCCGCGCGUGCAGGUGCACGCAGACGGCUGGGACCUGAGCUCCACGGUGACCUGCCCGCUGCCCCGGACCUUGGGCCAGGCCGCCGUCCCUCACGCCUUCGUGACCCUCUCACCGCUCAGGGGCUCGGCUCACGCGCCUGCGCGUCUCUGGGAGCCGGGGUCACAGGGAGGAGGUGACUGCACGACCUGCAUUGCCACUGACUGGGAGACCUUGGAUGUUGGAAGCUUUAUUUUUAAGCCUCACACAGACAGAGGACAAGAGCCGGACGUGGGGCCGGGGGAGGCUUGUGCACGUGAGCUUGGCAGUCCUGCUCAAGAGGCAGACCUUGCGCUGGCCUGGGCUUCUGUCCGUCCGUCUGUCUGGCAGCCGUACCCACCUGGCCCGAGGGGAGGGCGCCAACCCCUGCAGAUGACAGGCCUGCGCACAGCCUUUGACAGCGAGGGUUUACGUUUCUGUAGGUCAUUUUGGAUCUUAAAUUGUACUUUUCUAGAUAUGAAAACAUUCAGAUUUUUCAAGUUCCUAGGGAGGUCAUCGGGUAAAUUAAAGGACUUUUUAAACAA